AUGUCUCAAUCCAGAGACUAUUCUCUGACCUCUGAUGACCCUGAUGCGAUGGCUGCGCAGUUGUUAGCGCAAUUCCAGAGCGCUUCCUCUCGCCAGACCUCAGUCAUGGCACCUCAGGGCUCCGAAACUGCCCUCCAGCCAGUGCAACAGGUUACUGGUAACUCAGAAGAACCAACAAAGUCUUUUGAGAUCAUUGUCCCAGUGGUUAACAACCCUGAGGACUAUGAGUAUUUGCCUGGUCACUUCGAAGUUCAUCGCAUUCUUGCAGUUGAUAUGGAUGAGCCCAAACUCAUUGUGAGACUCAAGAGUGGUGAACGUCAGACAAUGACCCUCAAUAAAUUGAAAAGCCUCAAGAACGGACGGGAGGCUUUGCGUGAAUUCAACCGUGACUCACAGAGUCCUGAUCCUCUCGCAAUGGACCACAGACCCGCUUCACAUCUCAUCUACUCGGGUGUAGAUGGUCCUGCAGACUAUGAUUCAGACAUGGAUUGGGGAAUCGCACGAAGACGCCAACGUCGUGGCCCAUCCAUCCGGUACGAUCAUUUCUUCCGCAGUGAGGAUGAAGAUAAUGAUGACCACCAAAGCGACGAUGGAGAUAGCAGCAGCAUACAGAUCGAAGACUCAGAUGAGUCCAGUGAUGAGGAUGAAGAUGAUCCUCCAACCAGACGCCGCCACUUGAGAAGAGGUGUUCAGAAGGGCAAACGACGUGCUCGCGAAUGGUCCGAGGAGUCUUCUGCCUCCGAUACAGGCAAGGUCAAGCGAACAUCCUCCCGCCUACGACAGACCCGUCGACGCAACAUGAAAGAGCGACUUGAAGACGACGAAUAUUCUGAGGCCGAAGCUGAAGAGCCUAAGCAGCAAAAGUUCUCUGGCGCAAAGGAGCAGUUCCGUGAACUGCCAGACGACAAUGAGUUCAGACUGUGCCACUCCCAAUCAUGUGCCCAAUGCGGCUAUGAAGACCAUGACCUCGAAAAAGGGCCUUUGAUUUUCUGUCAAGGCUGUACUGUGUCGUACCAUCAAGUGUGUCUUGGCGAUCGAAGCAGCCGAAAGCAUUUGGCCACCAAGGUUGACGAUGGGGAUUUCAUUCUUCAAUGCAGUCGGUGUUUGGGGAUUAAGCAUCAAGAGCACGAUAUGAAGCCUCAUUUGGGCCACUGUGCCGUGUGCAGGGAGGAAGGUCCCAUGUCGCAGCCUUUGCGAGAGACUCUUUCUUCCCAGAUUGAGCAGCAAUUGCGGGAAGCUAAUGACGGCGUCGACCCAAUUACCCACGUGGAUAUGGCCUGUGUCAACAAUGUUGACAAUGUCCUCAUCAGAUGCCUUGGUGGCAAUCAUAGCUGCAAGCGAGCCUUCCACAUUCAGCAUCUACCAAACAUGGAAGGAAAGGACCGUGCCGACAUUAAUCCUGAUGACUGGCAAUGCAAUGAAUGCUCUGAAUCUCCUCCUGGGUCCAAUCCCAUCCACGUGAUUGUGGCUUGGAGACCAAAGAAUUUCGAAGUUGAAGUCGUCCCGCAGUUGGUUGAAAUGAUCCCGGAGAUUGACAAAGAGUAUCUCAUCAAGUGGCACGGUAUGUCUUACUUCCAUGUCACCUGGUUGACUGGAGACUGGGUCUCGUCCAAGGCUCCCGCCAGCCAGAUGAAGGCGUUCCUCAAGUCAGACAGAUCCACCAAGCCCAUUAUGACAACAGUGGAGGCUGUUCCCGAAGACAAUCUGCGAGUGGACAUUAUCUUUGAUGUCGAAUAUCACGUCGAGCCCGAAUCCAAAGAGGAUCGAGCCAACCCCGAGAUGGUUAAGCGGGCGUACGUCAAGUACAAAGGGUUGCCCUACGAAGAUUCAGUCUGGGAAGAUCCCCCAAGUCAGACCGACACAGCUCGUUGGGAGGAUUUCCAGAUUGCUCUUGUCGACAGGGUGCUCCGAGAGGAUAUUCACCCCUUGAGGCCGAAAGAUCUUCAAAGCCAUCUCCAAGUGGUCCGCGAAAAGGAGUUCGCCGAGAGCCUUAUGCUGGACGCCCAGCCUGAGCUGGUGACCGGCGGUGAGCUCAUGGAGUACCAGCUGGAUGGCGUGAACUGGCUGCUUUACAUGUUCUUUAAGCAAAAGAACGCUAUUCUUGCUGACGAUAUGGGCCUCGGGAAGACAAUCCAGGUCCUCACCCUGUUCUCGGCGUUGAUUGAGAAACUCGAGUGUUUCCCAUUCUUGGUUGUUGUGCCGAAUGCGACUGUGCCAAACUGGCGCCGCGAGAUCAAAAGCUGGUCCCCGGAGGUCCGGGUUGUCACUUAUUAUGGCAGCGCCUUUGCUCGCGAGAUGACCCGGGACUACGAGAUGUUCCACGAGAAUGGCACUUUGUGUUGCCAUGUGGUCAUUGCCUCGUACGAGAGUAUGUGUGAUGACGGGGCUAAGCGAGUCUUGGCCAGCAUCAAUUGGGCCGGCUUGGUGGUUGAUGAAGGUCAGCGCCUCAAGAAUGACAAGACCCAGCUAUAUGAGCGCCUUCGUCGCAUGAAAUUCGGUUUCAAGCUGCUGCUCACUGGCACACCUCUGCAGAACAACAUCAGAGAGUUGUUCAACCUCGUCCAGUUCAUUGAUCCGACUUACAAUGCUGAGAAGUUGGAGGCCCAAUAUGCGGGAACGCUCGACAAGGAUGCCAUUCGCGAGCUCCACGAUAUGAUUCGGCCAUGCCUACUGCGUCGAACUAAGGCAGAGGUUCUGCCGUUCCUUCCCCCGAUGGUGCAGAUCAUCAUUCCGAUUUCGAUGUCCGUUGUGCAGAAGAAGCUGUACAAAUCAAUCCUUAAAAAGAACCCGCAGCUUAUCAAGGCUAUUUGCAAGAAGCAAACUGGGGCGUUGAAGAAAGCAGAGCGACAUAACCUGAACAAUAUCCUCAUGCAGCUGCGGAAGUGUCUCUGCCACCCGUACAUUUACAACCGCGACAUUGAAGAGCAAACCAUCGAUCCCCAGCUUUCCCAUCGUCGUUUGGUCGAAGCAUCCGGAAAACUGCGGUUGUUGAACUUGAUGCUACCGCGACUUCGAGCACGCGGACACCGCGUCCUCAUCUUCAGUCAGUUUUUAGAGAAUCUCGACAUUGUUGAAGAUUUCCUCGCUGGAUUGGAGCUCAAGUACCGUCGCCUGGAUGGAAGCAUGUCCUCACGAGAGAAACAGAAGAGCAUCGAUGAGUUCAACGCGCCGGAUUCCCCGUUCUUCGCCUUCUUGCUUUCAACACGGUCGGGUGGUGUUGGAAUCAACCUCGCCACUGCCGAUACGGUCAUCAUCAUGGAUCCGGAUUUCAAUCCGAAACAGGACAUGCAGGCUCUAUCGCGUGCCCAUCGAAUCGGGCAGAAGAAUACAGUCCUUGUGUUCCACCUGGUAGUGCGCGCGUCAGUGGAGGAAAAAAUAAUGCAGAAAGGUAAAUCGAAGAUGGCUCUUGACCACGUACUUAUCGAUCGCAUCGAGGCCGAUCAAGAUGAAGAAGAUCUGGAAUCGAUCCUCAAACAUGGUGCCCAGGCACUGUUCAACGAUGACGACUCGGCUGACAUCACUUACGAUUUCCACUCUAUUGACAAGCUGUUGGACCGUAGCCAGGCUGAACAGGCCGAGCAAGUGACCAGCGAGGGAAGUUCGAACCAGAAUGAGCAGGCGCUGUUUAAUUUCGCCCGCGUGUGGCAGAAGGACCGAGGUAGCCUUGAAGAAGUCGAGGAAGUCGAAGACACGCCUGUGGAUGUCACGGCGUGGGAGAAGAUUCUGCAGGAGCGCGAGCGUGAAGCGCUCGAAGAGGCUAACCGACAAGCUGAAGGUCUUGGGCGUGGUAAGAGAAAGCGCGGUGCGCCCCGCUAUGGAAACACCAUCAUUGAAGGACUAGACGACGACGAGAUUCCUAGUCCUGUCAGGCCUGGACCUAGCAAGAUACGAAAGGCCGCCGCCGACAACGACUAUGAGUUCCAAGAGCCAGAUGAUGGUGAGGAGACUGACUCGGAGGCCGAGGCUGGAGUGGUGUCAAUGGGCACUGCCUACGAUGGGGCUGGCCCUACUACUGUGGAUGUAGAGCAGGGAGCCCGCGCGUUCCGCCGCGUUGACUCCCCGCCCCCAGUGGUCUCAAUGGGCACUGAUGGUGCCCAAGAUGGUUUCCCGUCUUGUGUGGCCUGCCAACAACGGCACGUCCCUGGGCGUUGUCCACUCCGUCUCGCCGGCGUCGAGUUUUGUGGCCUGUGCGGUUUGGCGCACUGGGGAGGCCGGCGGGCCUGGCCCCACCUGCAGUCACAGCUGCAGGUUGCCCGAAUUUUGGAAGCGCUGGAGAAGAGCGUGGAGGACCCCGCCCUCGUUUUGGAAGCGAAGAGAUACCUCCAGGGUAUUCUCAGAUCGGUUGCGCGAACCGCUCAGGAUAAGCGGAAGAAGGCUUUGCAUUCCGCCCAGGCGGAGCCUCAGAUUCGGCUCACCUCACCCUCAGUUGGCGCCUCGGUUGGCGGGGUGAGCCAUGCCACUUUCAUUGAUCUGACAGAGUCCGCCGAGUCUUAA